ACCGGGCGAAACUCUGGGCGAGAUCGUUCGAAUCAGGCUUCUCGAUCUCCCCAUUCUCCCCCCACCCCAUCAACUCCUCUCACUCUCCCCUCCCCCCUCGCUCAUCUCGAGGCGCCCGUGGCUCCGUGCCGUCUGUGCUCAUCGUAUCGUGCUGCUUGCCCCGAGGCGAGUCAACGACACCCCCGAUGUCACUCUCCAGUGCUUCCCCUUCCCAUCGUCCCAUGCAUCUGUCGCCUUACCGCGUCCUGGCGGCCUCGCCUCUUCCCGGCACCACGGGACCACUACUGGUACCACCACUGCGCGUGGAGCGUCCCCCAUUGCUGCGCUCGUCUCAUCGUCCUUCUCAUCGCGGUAUAUUACUGCUACUUACUCAGGCGGCCGGGGAUUGCACAGCCCAUUCUGAUCAUCACCGGCCGGCAACUUUUACUCAAACCUUUCCGUGCUCGCAUCCUUGCUCGCGGCGUCUUUGCGCGCAGCAUCAUCGUGGCUCACACCUUGUUUCCCGCGGCGGCGACUUCAAGUUGAUACCUCCGGCGUGGAUUCAAGUAUCAUCGGCGAAGGAACUCUCACUCUACUCACUCUAAUUACUCUCCGCUUGAAGCUCCGCGUUCUAGUGCUCUCCCAGAAAGCUAUGAGUUCAGAGGGAGAGGCUUCCCUCAGCGCUGCUAUCAUGGACACAUCCGAUAUGAUGUCGCCAGCCUCGUUAGUAGCACUGCCUCUAGACGGCGUGUGCUCGCCUGAAUGCGAGUCCUCAACCUGUGCCGCCCAGGGGUUUCACUCCAAGGGGCGCAUGCUGCCGCCCCAUACCUUACCAACACACGAGCUUCCUGGCCCUUGGAGUAUUGGUAGCUCUGGCUGGCAAGACGUGGACUGUACUGCCCCCACUCCAUGGGUCAUUCCAAACGACGUUCCCCUGAUAAGCCCUGAGUUCCUGCCAGGGGGGCUGUGGCCAUCGGCGGACCUCGUCGCAGCCCCGCCAGUGUGUGAUCUCCUGCUGCCAGUGCCUGUUGGCUUGACCACGGAUGAACCCGCUCUGGUCGCCCUUGGGUUCCCGCCAACGGCAGCUAUGACAGAAACGGCAGCAAUGGCAGAAACGGCAGCAAUGGCAGAAACGGCAGCAAUGGCAGAAACGGCAGCAAUGGCAGAAACGGCAGUAGCAGCUGUGAUGCCUGCAUCUGAGGGUGAGGCGCCUGCUGGCACUGCGGCUGCUGGCACUGCGACUGCUGGCACUGCGGCUGCUGGCACUGCAGCUGCUGGCACUGCGGCUGCUGGCACUGCAGCCGCUGGCACUGCGGCUGCGCAUCAGAAUCGCCUUGUGACGAUGGGCGCUCGAUCCGGCAGCUCUUCGGUGCCAAGCCCUGCUCGUCCUGCUCCUGCUCAGGCGUGCCCUCCUACAGCGCUACUGGUCCCACUGGAGAUGGGUUACACUUGUGCCGCUACCACUGCCACACUAACCCAAACUGGCGGUGCCUUUUUGGAUCUCCCAGACAUAAGCAUGGAAGAUCCUGCUUCACUCUCCGUCGCUGUUUCGAUGACUCAUCCCCCUGCUGCUGCUGCUGCUGCUGCUGCUGCUGCUGCUGCUGCUGCUGCUGCUAUUGCUGCUGCUGCUCCUCCUCCUCCUCCUCUUCCUCCUCCUGCUGGAUUCGCUGGUUCAAUCCACACGGCCAGCACUGCUGCUACCAGGUUACUACCUGCGCGUGCAGCAGUACACGCUCCGACUGAAGCACCGCAAGAGGGGGGAGCACGUCCUCCGCAACCCGCAGCACUCCCUGCACCUGCACGUGCCACCCUGCCGCCCAAGGCGCCACCAAGCGGCAGCAGCGGCGGCAGCAGCAGCAGGGAACUGGGCGUGGAGCGGCGGCCGAUACACCGCCGGAGCGCCACGGAGAAGCUCAGACGGCAGCGGGUCAGUGCGGGGUUCAAGCAGCUGGAGAGGGCCAUUCCGGCAUCGUGGCUGCGCCAGCAGCGCGCUACCAAUGUGGCUGCGCGCAGUGAUAUAGCGUCGCUGCUGCAUGCUGCCGUGUCGUUCAUUGAGCAGCUGGAGGUUCAAAAGGCUCUGCUGUCCCAAGCUUACAUCCAGAGCAUGCCAACAUGCAUGUAGGGACACUUCAUUUCAUCUAGACAUAGGUACCAUAGCAUAGCAUUCUUCCGAGAGGGUAAACUACUCAGUUGCUGACAUCA